GGUGUAAGCGAGACAAAGAGAACGAGGGGUUUGGUACCUAAACCCGAUGGAGGGGAAGGGGAUCACGAGAAAGAGUGGCUGCUGAAAGAGGGGAUUCAGGGACCAGGAACCUGGUGUGCAGCACCAACAGCUAGUUUCCAUCCGGAGGUUAAACCGUUCGGGGGCCCCCCCAGUCUUUUUUUAAAUCACCCCUCCACCCCCUCGCCCACCAUUUUCCUAUUUCUUCCAGCAUCAUUUUUUUACCCAUCAAAUUUCCUCACACAUUGGUCUGCCUCCGAGGCAUCCACCUCCAUGUCCUGGACUGGUUAAAUCGUGCGUCAUCACCAGGAAGUUUUCGUUUCAAGGGAGAGCAAUUGAGAUUUGAUAUUUAAAUGUUCCAUUUUUAUUUAAUUCAGUGAUGUUUGUGUGGAUAUCUGGAUGUUGACAGCUCAGAUCCACUGACAAGAUGUUUUCGGAUCGUCAUGAGUUGUUUUGGUGAAGAUAGAGGCAGGAUUAAUGAUGGAAUUAUUCUCAUGAUAAUUUUGAUGGAUGGGAUGAGUUUAAAGUACGAGAAAAACCUGUGGAUGUUGACUGGAGGGAAAAAGUAAGAGGGUCUUCGAAAUUAACGAGUGAUUUGCAUAUUCAACAAUGGAAAACACGAGAUGCUAUCGAGUCCUCACCCUGAGUCCAUGAAUUGGUGCUGAUAUCUCAUAUUUUAAACAAUACAAUUGUUAAUUGCAUUUGAAUUUGAAUAUUUAAAUGAAGAAAGGAAAGAUUCUGUGAUAAUUCAUCCAAAGUAAUUAAAACCCAAGAAGACGAGCUUCAAUUACUGUAAUGAACUCCAGGAGAUUCGAAAUUAUCGGGGAUUGUCUCUGGAGAGGGGACUGAGGAAUAAAUAAAUCAUGAAAGUAAGGAGUUAUCCUGGUAGAGCAGUUCUGGAGGAUCCAGAGUUAAUUCUGGAUCCGGAUGUCACCAGAAGACGUGCCAUGGAGCUUUUGUAUGAGGCAAGCUGGCGAGAGUGCAGUAUGAACUGGAGCUCAGAGCCAAGAAACGAUAAAUCAGGGAGCUCCAGGGAUGAUGAUUGUCGUAGACCCUAUGCCGAUGUGAUAACUCAGCUGGAAAAUGUUCUCGAUGGAUCCUCAACGCCUAGGUCACAGAGAUCUAGCAGUGGAGGUACGACUGACAGCGAUACCUCGGAUUUGGCCCAGACUGAUUAUCAAAUGGUGAAUCAGGGCUUUGCCAUUCCGAGACCAAGACUCAUUGUUCCUGUUCACACUUAUGCCAGGAGAAGACGCACUGGAGCAACAACUGUCAAGAGACGACAGAACAGAGAAGAGGGAAAGGUGGAGGUUUCCAGGGAUGGAAAAUACCUGAGUACCUUGGCACCAGGCAAGGUUCUCGGUGAAUUGGCAAUACUCUAUAAUUGCAAGAGAACAGCAACUAUAACAGCAGCUACUGAUUGCAGACUAUGGGGAAUCGACAGGUCGAGUUUCCAGACGAUUAUGAUGAGAACUGGACUCUCCAAACAAGCAGAAUACACUGAUUUCCUCAAAAGCGUUCCGAUAUUCAAAAAUCUACCCGAAGAAACGUUAAUCAAGAUCUCGGACGUGCUGGAAGAGACAUUUUACAACAAUGGGGAUUAUAUAAUUCGUCAAGGCGCUAGAGGAGACACUUUCUUUAUAAUUAGUCGGGGUCAGGUGCGUGUCACCAUGAAACAACCGGAUAACACUGAGGAGAAGUACAUCAGGACUUUGAGUAAAGGGGACUUCUUCGGGGAGAAGGCACUGCAGGGCGAUGAUCUGAGGACGGCGAAUAUCGUUGCGGAUGAUCCUGAGGGUGUCAAUUGUCUCGUCAUUGAUAGAGAGACAUUCAAUCAGCUGAUAUCAUCCCUCGAUGAAAUCAGGACGAGGUACAAGGACGAACUCGUCGAGCGCAGGAGACUCAAUGAAGAGUUCCGGGAGCUUCGGCUUCAGGAUCUGCGUCCUCUGGCCACACUUGGUGUCGGUGGAUUUGGUCGAGUGGAAUUGGUGCAGAUAGCUGGUGACAGCAGUCGUUCAUUUGCCCUCAAGCAGAUGAAGAAAGCACAAAUUGUUGAGACUCGUCAGCAGCAGCACAUCAUGUCGGAGAAGAGAAUAAUGGGUGAGGCUGACUGCGAUUUUGUAGUGAAACUAUUCAAGACAUUCAAGGAUAGAAAGUACUUGUACAUGCUCAUGGAGGCAUGCCUCGGAGGUGAAUUGUGGACGGUGCUGAGGGAUAAAGGACACUUUGACGAUUCAACAACUAGAUUCUAUACUGCUUGUGUCGUCGAGGCAUUCGAUUACCUACACUCGAGGAACAUCAUCUACAGGGAUCUCAAGCCGGAGAAUUUAUUGCUGGAUAGUCAAGGAUAUGUAAAACUAGUUGACUUCGGAUUCGCAAAACGUCUGGAUAACGGCAGAAAGACCUGGACAUUCUGUGGAACUCCAGAAUACGUAGCUCCCGAGGUGAUUUUGAAUAGAGGACACGACAUAAGUGCGGAUUAUUGGUCUCUGGGAGUUCUGAUGUUCGAAUUGCUAACGGGAACUCCUCCGUUCACCGGGGCUGACCCCAUGAAGACCUACAACAUCAUCUUAAAGGGGAUUGAUGCCAUUGAAUUCCCCAGGACUAUAACGAGAAAUGCCACAGCCCUCAUCAAGAAACUGUGCAGAGACAAUCCAGCUGAGAGGCUGGGCUACCAGAAAGGGGGCAUCAGUGAAAUUCAAAAGCACAAGUGGUUUGAUGGAUUCAAUUGGGAGGGGCUGAGGGCGAGAACUCUGGAGCCUCCAAUUAUGCCGAGAGUUCAAAAUCCCACAGACACUGCCAAUUUUGACGAGUAUCCACCUGAUGCUGAACCCCCACCACCAGACGAUAUCUCAGGGUGGGACGCGGAUUUUUAAUGAAUAAUAUAAUUUAUUUUAUUCCAAUUCAAUCGCAACUUUCGAAUGGAAAAUACAGUGAUUGGAGGGAAGGCGAUCUGUUGAAUAAGAAGCGAGUCAAAUGUAGAUUGUGUGGUUACCAAAUGAAACUCGUUUAAACGAAUUGUGUAAUUUGUUGAGGGAAAAUCACUAUUGAAGGCUUAAUAAUUUUAUUGAAAAUUCGUGCUUCCUCUGAGGCUGCCAGUGCCACGUGCCAUUAAUGAUCUUCAGAUGAAUUUUCCGAUCGUUUUUAACAGAACGAAUUUUUAUUUCGAAUAUUCAUCGAUGUUAUGUCACUUUUUUUGUUUCAUCGAAAAUGAAUAAUUGAUACAUUAAUCGAGACGAUCUUGCCAGGUGCAUGAACGAUCAGGAAAACAUUAUUUUGAACAAUUUUAAGAAGAUUAUUCAAGUGCAGAAUGACGAUGCAUCAGUGAUUACGAGUAAAUCUCCAUAAUUUGUUGUUUAUUCGUUUUUAAUAGAGUUUAUUACAGGAUUUAUUAUAUCGAAUAUAUUUUUCAAGAUUUUCGAGAGAUAAUUAAGUGUAAGUUGUGUAAAUAAGUCGAUAGGUUAUAUAUAUAUUGAUAAUUAGUUAAUUGAUGAUGAAUAAAGUUUUAUUGACGAUGA